GACUCCAGGAAAGUUAAGCCCAAAUAUUUAAAAUCUUUUCCAUAACUUACAUUCUUACAUGAUUCCUUACAUUAUAUCAGUUACCGGUGACACUCAACAUUUUUCUCAACAUUGAAUAUAUGCUGGUAUUCAAAGCCAACUAAAGUAAGGUAAAUCUGAAAUAGAAAAAAUACUCCAUGGUCUGAUUAGUUUAGUGAUUAGUGUUUAUCAAUCUGGACUACGCUACGAGUAGGAGGGAGGAGAUACUGAAAAUUGAUUGAAAACACUAUCAGUGCUGAAUUGUUUUUCUCACAAUAAUACUGCUUAUUUGCUAUAAAACGCUUCUAAAAAAACCCGAAAAUAAAUUUACACUAUCAAUAAAAUUUUUAACCAAAUUCUCAAUUGAUUUAUUGUUUGUUAACCUAUAGCUAUGGAAGAAUGGCACUGAGUGGUUUUAUGGAGUUUUUUCAGAAGGGAAAGACUUUCCGGCCCAAGAAGAAGUUCUCUCCUGGGACCUUGAGAUACUCCUUGCACAAGCAAGCACAGGCGUCUCUCAGUUCUGGUAUAAACCUACGGUCUGUAGUACAGUUGCCUGAAGGAGAGGAUCAAAAUGACUGGAUUGCUGUUCAUGUGGUGGACUUCUUCAAUAGAAUCAACCUGAUAUAUGGCACCGUCAGUGACUUCUGUACGGAGGAAUCAUGUCCCACCAUGUCUGGAGGUCCCAGAUUUGAGUACCUCUGGGCUGACGGUGCCAAGUACAAGAAGCCUACUCAGUUACCUGCACCCCAAUACAUUGCUCUUCUCAUGGAUUGGGUUGAGUCGCAAAUUAACAACGAAACUCUGUUUCCAGUUUCAACUGAUGUGCCUUUCCCAAAAACGUUUAACGCGUUGUGCAAAAAGAUACUGACUCGACUCUUUAGGGUAUUUGUACAUGUGUACAUUCAUCACUUUGAUCGGAUAGUAUCCAUUGGAGCGGAGCCGCACGUCAACACGUGUUACAAACACUUCUACUACUUUGUCCGGGAGUUUGACUUGGUGAGUUCAAAGGAACUAGAACCACUGCAAGAGAUGACGUCCCACAUCUGCCACGAACAGUCACCACCUCCUGUCACCUCCUCGACUGGCACCAGUUCAGCUCGCUGAGCGCUCAGUACGGAAAGAUAGUUGGAUUGUUACCUAGUCCGUCUUCUUACACGAUAGUAUGAUCUGAUUUACAUGUAUUAUUUUAUUUGUAUUAUUUAUUUCACCAGUUCAAAUUUACAAUGUUAUGCUGUAUGUUGAUUACCAUUUAUUUGUUACGUACAAAAUGAAAUUAAUGUAGUGUAUAUUUAUUUUUAAGUUUUGUGAUAUUGCAAUGAUCAAGUGUAACGUAUCAUGAUAGUUGUACCAUAAUAUAAUAUUUGUUAUAAAUUAAUUGUAAAAUCCCAAUGAUAAAGUAUACAAUCACAAAAUAUCACACUAGAAUUACUGGUCACUCCAGUCACUGAUAUUUGUGGCCGCAUUUGUUCUCUUAUUGUACAUUAUAUGUACAGGUAUUUAGUAAAUUAUCAAAAAGCAAAUGUAUCUGUGAUCCUUUUGGAUUAAUCAUUGAUCUGUAACUAAUCCAUAGAAUUAAAUAUAACCUUAGUGGUUGCAAUAAAAUAUUCUUGCAAACAAUAACCAUGUUUACAUGACAGUAUUAGGCCAGGUUUAGACCUAUUUACAUGACCAUUUCCAAAUAAAUCCUAUCAUUUUUUGCAAACUAGACUUUAUUUUAUAUACUAAUAGAAUAGCCUUGAACUUUGCAUUGACAGUUAAUAGUACCUUCUACAGACAGUUAAACAAUUGUGAUGGAAUAAUACUAUAUUUUCGACUUCCAAUAAGUCAUUUCUGGUAGCAAAUCAUUUAAAAGUGAGAAUUAUUCAUCUGAAGUAACCAUAGUUUAAAAUUCAUUAAAUCAGUACGAAACACAAUGAAUAAAUAAAAAAAAAAAAACACAUAAUAUGUAAUAGGCCUAUUGUACAUGAUUUUCUAACAGAAAUUUGUUAUAAUAAAUAACCAAAAUAAUUUGGGGCAUUUUAUGCAGCUGUUCCAGUUCCUUUGAAAUCAUCAAAAUCGCAUUUCUGAACAAAAUAUUUUUAAAAUUUGACAUUUAUUUAAUUGUGAAUCCUGUAACAGACUAUCUUUGGACUAUUAGUAAACAGCGACAAACAGAACUGAAUGCUCCAGGAAAUAAUUAUUUAAAACCAAACAAAACCAUUAACCUACACUACAGCAUAGAUCAGUAAAAAGUUUACUUUCCCAAGGAGGUCAGUAAAAAUUUGCUAAUGGGUUUGAAAAGUUUUCUUUCAAAAACUUCAGUGCUAUCAAAGAAAAAUUCAAUUGUCAUUAAAAGAACACCAAAUCAAAAUUAUUGUUUCUUUAUUGAUUGGAUGAAUAAGAAAAUAGGAUUAACUGUUGAAUACAUUAAUUAUUGUCCUAUAAUGACGUGUCCUGUAGACAUUAAUGUAUGACAGGCUUAUCAAAUACUGUGUUUGGUUAUUUAUUUACUUGUUGUGUUUGUGAAUUUUAACCCUUUCUAUGUGUAUUACGGGAAAUACUGUGCUGUUAAGAUGACUGCUACAUGCAUUUGAUGACAAUUAUCUCUAUUCAAGUGUUUGUCCUUGAUCGUGUACUGUAGUUCAUAAAACUGGUGAUAAAAUGGGUUUCAUUGUUAACGGAAUGUAAAACAACAGAUGCACUCUAUUUGUAACCCUCGGUUGCCUGAUAUCAAUCCAACACUUGUUAAAAUAGCAACCAAAUGCCAUUUUUCAUUGUAUGCUGGCGCAUUUGACAGCUAUUCCAUGUGGCUGUCAAAUACAGUGCAGUUCUUGAAAUCUGUGCGCAAGCUCUGUUUAUUUGUUGAAUUAUGUGUUAUGUCAGAACAUAUUUUAUAGUAACUGAAGAUAACUGUAAUUGAGAUUAUUUGAAAUGUUGUUUUUUACAAAAUAUAGUUUAGUAACCAAUAUACCAAAAAAAAAACCUUUAGGUCUUAAUAAAAACUUCUAAAUAGCAGUUAUCUUCUAAAUUUAGUACUGAACCUAAAAUAUACAGUUUGUAUUGUUUAUUUCUUAAAAUAAAACCUUUUUGUAAUAAAAACUGAAAAUUUGACAAAAUUACGGUAGUGAUGAAUUUGUGUAGAACUGUAAAAACAAUUAAACUUUAAAUUUAAUCGAUGCUCACAUAAAUACGUAAUAUAGAGAUUUCAAUUUAUUACCUUGUAAAGGAAAAAAUAUGGAAAUUGAAACAUAUUUAGGAAUGGUUUGAUGCAAUUUGAAAUAAGAUAUUUUAUCCAUCUAAAAAAGGCGAUUGCUAGUUCAAGGGUUAAUACAGUUUGACACCAGAAGAUGACAUUGGAGGAAAAAACUAUAUUAGCAUUUUAUCAAUAAUGUUGAAUUGUUUGAUAAAGGUAUAUUCUUACUAUUUAUUGAAUUAUAAAAGUUAAAACACAAUGCUUAUUUCGAAAAGUUUAUAGAACCAGAACACUGUUUUAAACAGUUUUCAAAAUUGAUUGCAUGAUUUUGGAUUGUAAAUGAUAGGUGAAAUACCAAAUAUGACUGUUUGGAGCAUUAUACUCCCAGCUCAUUUCUAGGUAUGCUUUACAUUACAAGAAAUAAAUACUCUUAACAGACAAUUAUUGAGAGUAUCAAUUGUAAUACAAGGUAGAGUUUGUGGAAUUUUAAAAUCAUACCACAUACGUUAUUAUUUUUCUUUCCAGUUUGCUAUUUCUAUUGAGCAACCAACAUGGUAUAUUGCAGUCUGUUGACAAUAUAAUACGACUUGUACAGACCAUACAUUUCACUAAUAUAGUUUGAUGUAAAAGUAAUGAUGUGGUAUGCAUUGGAUUGUUGGAGAAAUUGUAAGUGCAAUAUUAAUAUCUAACUUUAUAAUCUUAUUCAAGCUAUACACACCAUGUCAUAUAAUGCAUCUUAUGUCAAAAUGUCUUCAAUGUGCUGUAUCUUGUUUGAUACAGGAUGUGAAUGAUAUGUUCUUAUUUCUCAUAAUCAUAUUAGCACAAUUAAAUAAAACAAGUUCAUUGUCGCUUGUCACAAACAAGCCAAUGUCCCAGUACAACUUAGAGAAUCAUAAUUUUUAAUUCUCAUUUAGAGUUUUAUUAAACGUGUUACAAAAAUUAAAAUUUAUAUUAAAAUUAAAAGAAUUGUCUUAUAUUGAAAAGUUCAAAACUUACACACAUGUACUAAACAAACUAUUUAUUAAUUAUUUUUUUGCCCCAUUUAGUUCCUCAAAGCUUUGUACUUUCAAGUACCUUUGGCCAUGCAUUUACCCAAUUUUUUAAAUUGUUGUAACAUUUUUGUUAUUUCAUUGUUUAUUAUUUAAUUGUAUAAUUUACUUUUACUCUUGCAUGAAUAAAUUAUGUGUCCUUUAAAAAAAGAAAUGUAUUUAUUACAAUAAAGAAAUAUUGCAUUUCUCUUUUGAUGAAAAGACUUUGAACCAAUUAGUGUAAUAUUAUUGUUAGUAAUAAAUUGUAUGCCAGUUUAAAAUAACUUGAAUGGUGUACUUUGGAGAUCUAAUCUCUUUUUGUGAUCAUCAAAUCAUUUAUACAACACAAUUUUUGUAGACUGUGAAUAACCAACUUUGAACCUAUAUUUAGGUAUUUUUAUUUUGAGUUUCAAUGCUUGUAAAAUAUUAAUAAAUUGCUUUCAAUACAAAAGCUUA